UGCAUACAGCCGUUGUUUAUCGACUGAUAAAACUUUGUCACGUCAAAUAUUUUCAUCGGACUUGAACAAGAAAAAGAACGCCGAAGGUAUGGCUGUAUGGUCUUGAACCCUUUGCCUGUCCUAAUAAUCGACGAAAAAAUAAAAAAAUAAGCAACAAAAAAAGAAAUAAGAAUUUUAUAUUUUGUUAAUACAGUUACCCAUUGAAUGUGUGGAUUGUGCAUUUUAAUGUAGCGAGGAAAAGUGUACCUAUAUUAACUACAAAGGGAUUUAUAAGAUUAGAAUAGGUUAAUAGGUCCAUUUCGUGUGCAAAGUGUAAACAUAAUAAAGGUUAGAUUUCAUGAAAACAUUCUAACCUAUAAACGCAUGGUAUAGAACAAACCCUUACCUAAAAACUUAAAAUGGCCCUUGCGUAUGGAAUUCAUCUAGGUAACAGUUCUGGUUGUUUGGCUGCUUUUACUAAUGGAGCUUCAUCCGUGUUGGCAAAUGAUGCGGGCGACAGAGUUACACCGGCUGUGGUAGCCUUGAACGGUUCAGAAUGGGAAGUGGGAUUACCAGCAAAAUCUGGACAAGCAUCAUCAAAAGCUGUUAUCAAACAUAACAAACGUCUUAUGAAUUCUGACUGGAAUGAAGAAGAUCUAGCAUAUGUUGAAGCAUCUUCAUCCUGUAGUGUACAAAAUGAAGAAAAAGUAGUGUACGAGUUCGAAACAUCUGAAACAAAGCUGUAUUCUAAUCCCGAUAAUAUCACUACAAAGAUUUAUGCGAAAUUGUUUACUAUAGCCAGUCACUCGGUUAAAGAUGAAGGGGACUUAAAGUUAGUGCUAGCUGCACCAUUGCAUUGGUCAAGCACAAGUAGAGAAAGGCUCGCAAAAUGUGCAGAAUUAGCUGGUUUUGAUGUUUUACAAGUGAUAAGUGAGCCAGCUGCAGCAAUAUUAGCUUAUAACUUAGAAGAAUCCACUGAAGACAUUAAUGUAUUAGUUUACCGAUUGGGUGGUUCAACCUGUGAUGCUUCUAUAGUUAAGGUUUCUGGUGGCUUUAUUAGUGUUGAAAAAAAUGUUUUUCGUUCAGACUUGGGUGGCCAAUGCCUUACAAAGGAUUUAGCCAAUUAUGUAUCCCAAGAAUUUAAACAAAAGUGGAAGUUAGAUCCUCAAGAGAGCAGACGAGCAGUAGCCAAGUUAUUGCAUCAUGCUGAUAACAGUAAACAUGUUUUGUCAACUUUGAAUUCAGCCCAUGUUUUUAUUGAAUCCCUGUUAGAUGGUGUAGAUUGGAGUCAAAAUGUGACCAGAGCAAGGUUUGAGAAUAUAAUAUCAUCAAAAAUUUCACAAUAUAUAGAACCUGCUCAGGUAGUUAUUGAUAGCUUUGAUGGAAAUAUAAAUAAAAUAGUUGUGUGUGGUGGCAGUAUGAAGACUCCAAAGUUGCAGUCGGCUAUUGCAAACUUGUUACCCAAUGCUGAAGUAUUAUCAGGCAUAAAUCCUGAUGAAGUCAUUGCUGUUGGAUGUGCCAAGCAAGCAGGAUUGAUAUUAGACUUUCCUAAUUUAUCAUUAACUGAUAUGAAUACUGAAGUAGAAUUCCUUGGCCAUGAUAUUUAUUUAAAAUAUUUUGAUCAAACAGAAAAGCUUUUUAAAGAGGGAAGUGCACUUUUCACACAAAACGUCAUUAACAUUGAUAAUAAUUCUGAGGUGAAAGAUAUUAGUAUUACACUGCAUGAUAAACCAGACAGUGAACAAUUUGCAAAAGUUGAUUUUAACAUAGAAAAUUUACAGAAGUCAUUUAAGCUAAAGUCAACAUUGCAAGACAAGAGGAUUGAGUUGGAAGUUGAAUGACAAUCUUAGAUUAAUAAAUAAAUUUCAAACAUUGA